UGUGAACCACUAAACUGUUUCCUGUGCUCCCACGGCGCAAGAUACCAUAUUCCGCGCAGGAUAACUCCCUCGCUCCCAUUCCCUUCCUCGUGAAUAAGAGGUAGCUAAAUAAAGUAAUAAACCACAUUCAUUGUCUCUUCUAUCUCUUUUUGUGGGAAAUAUGGAGUCGAGAGUGCUUUCCGGCGCCACCACCAUCUCUGGCAUCCCGCGGCUGAGGAGGCCGGCGAGGGAAGCCGCUUUCUUUCCCCCGGCGAAGCCCAUCGGAGCCGUUGGCGAAGGCGGGAACCUCAUCUGGGGGAGGCAGCUCCGGCCGGCUUUGCUCCUGGAGUCGUCGUCGCCGGCUGCGUCGAUCGCCGUCGAGGCGGGGAAGCGGGAGAUUUUGAGGCCUUGCCUGGCCGCCGCGUCCUCGCCGGCCGGGGGCAGCGAUUCCGCCGGGGAAUCGAAGGUCGCUCCGGUCGGGUUUUUCAACAAGUACCCGGCUCUGGUCACCGGUUUCUUCUUCUUCAUGUGGUAUUUUCUGAACGUGAUAUUCAACAUAAUCAACAAGAAGCUAUACAACUACUUCCCCUAUCCUUAUUUUGUGUCGGUGGUGCACUUGUCCGUCGGUGUGGCGUACUGCGCGGUGAGCUGGGCUGUUGGCCUUCCCAAGCGCGCUCCCAUUGACUCAAACCUCCUGAAGCUGCUCAUCCCUGUCGCUGUGUGUCAUGCAUUAGGCCAUGUUACCAGCAAUGUCUCAUUUGCUGCAGUUGCUGUCUCCUUCACCCACACUAUCAAAGCUCUUGAGCCCUUCUUCAAUGCUGCUGCUUCUCAAUUCAUUCUUGGGCAGUCAAUACCCUUCACUUUAUGGCUGUCCCUGGCUCCUGUUGUUCUUGGUGUGUCAAUGGCAUCCUUGACUGAGCUCUCAUUCAACUGGACAGGCUUCAUUAGUGCUAUGAUUUCCAAUAUUUCAUUCACUUACAGGAGUAUAUAUUCAAAAAAAGCCAUGACUGAUAUGGACAGUACUAAUCUCUAUGCAUACAUAUCCAUCAUUGCCCUCAUUGUCUGCAUACCACCUGCCAUCAUUGUGGAAGGACCUCAACUGAUUAAGCAUGGGUUUAGUGAUGCAAUUGCCAAAGUUGGUAUGACCAAGUUUCUCUCAGAUCUCUUUUGGGUGGGAAUGUUUUACCAUCUCUACAAUCAGUUAGCGACGAAUACCCUAGAAAGGGUGGCACCCCUUACGCACGCAGUUGGCAAUGUGUUGAAACGCGUGUUCGUGAUUGGCUUCACAAUCGUUGUCUUUGGCAACAAGAUUUCAACACAAACCGGCAUAGGUACAUGCAUUGCAAUUGCUGGAGUGGCAAUCUAUUCUUACAUCAAAGCCAAGAUGGAAGAAGAGAAAAGACAAAUGAAAGCAGCUUGAGAAGGAAUGAACGAUGCGUGUGCAUGGACAUUGGGGGAUGUUAUGUUGGAGUUGAUGUCUUUCUUGCCAAAGAAACAAAUGACCAGAUGGAGUAUCUUGCUUGAUUUCAAUGUGAAGUUAUUUUUUGAUAAAUGUUCUUUGGUUCAAAGCACAAACGCACAAACGCUAACUUGCGAUCAGCUCAUCUUGUUAAUUUUAAAUAAUCAGUGUCUCUUGCAAA